GGGGGCGGGCGGCCGGGCGGAGGACGGGGUCUCGCUGAGGGGGCGGCCGGCCGGGCGGAGGAGCGCCCAGGGUCUUGGCGGGGGACUCCGGGCUUACCCGGCGCCUCUCUGAGCAGGGCGGGCCGCGCAGGGCGGUCGAGCGGUCUCCGCCGCUUUCGCGGGCGUGACUGCGGAGGGCGCUCGCCUUCCCUUGCUGAAUUGUUAAUCCGCCGAAAUAACCACGGGGCCCGGCUCUGCCAGCGAACACCCGAAGCCUGCUUCUGCACUGCGGGCCCUGCGUCGCCCGCCGGCCGCCCCUGGCCUAACGGAGCCGUCGCGGGAGGUGUGGCGGCGGGGAUCCUGCGCACGUCGCAGGGAGGACGCUGUGGCCGGGGGAGGGCGAGCUUCCGUUUUGGUGACUUUACAGGUCUGAGGGGCAGUGCUGAAGAUGUGCGGGCGGACGUCCUGCCACUUGCCCAGAGACGUUCUCACCAGGGCCUGUGCCUACCACGACCGGCAGGGCAGGCGGCGGCUCCCGCAGUGGAGGGACCCGGAGAAGUACAGCCCCUCGUACAACAAGAGCCCUCAGUCGAGCAGCCCCGUGCUUCUCUCCCGGCUGCACUUUGAGAAGGAUGCAGACUCAUCAGAGCGGAUAAUCAUUCCCAUGCGAUGGGGCCUGGUCCCAUCUUGGUUCAAAGAAAGUGACCCUUCCAAGCUGCAGUUCAACACGACCAACUGUCGGAGUGAUACCAUAAUGGAGAAGCAGUCAUUCAAGGUUCCUUUGGGAAAAGGACGGCGAUGUGUUGUUUUAGCAGAUGGAUUCUACGAGUGGCAGCGGUGUCAGGGGACAAGCCAGAGGCAACCAUACUUCAUCUAUUUUCCUCAAACCAAGACAGAGAAGUCAGGUGGGAACGAGGCUGCAGAGAGUCCUGACAGCAAGGAAAAGGUCUGGGACAACUGGAGGCCGCUGACCAUGGCAGGGAUCUUUGACUGCUGGGAACCCCCAGAGGGAGAGCGCUUGUAUUCCUACAGCAUCAUCACUGUGGACUCCUGCAGAGGCUUGAGUGACAUCCACAACAGGAUGCCUGCCAUACUAGAUGGAGAAGAGGCAGUCUCCAAAUGGCUUGACUUUGGUGAGGUUGCCACUCAGGAAGCUCUGAAGUUAAUCCACCCCAUAGACAAUAUCACCUUCCAUCCAGUUUCUCCAGUGGUGAACAACUCCCGAAACAACACUCCUGAGUGUCUGGCUCCUGCUGAUUUGGUGGUUAAGAAGGCAUUUGCCCAUUCAUGUUCCUUUAAUCCCCUGCAUCCUUGCUGAAUGCUGAGAAGUUACAGAGCGUGUGCACCUGUGUUGAGAGGCCAGAGAACAACUUCAGAUACCAUCUUCAGAAACACCGAGUCCACUGGCCGGGAGCUCAUCACUUAGGCCAGACUAACUGGCCAGAGAGCCUUAAGGAUCCUUCUGCUCUGCAUCCCAGCUCUGGGAUAAAACAUGUGUCACCAUGCCUAGCAUAUUUAUGCAUACAGAUGCUAGGCCUUCACACUGCAAAGCAAGUACUUUACUGAGCUGUCUCUCUGCCUCCCGGCUGUGAUUCUUUAAUGUACUGUUUUCACAACUACAAAUUGGAAGAGCUCCAGUUCUCAUUCUCUUCCAGAGUACCUGAGAGCAUUCUUGCAAUGCUCUGUAACUUCUCAGCCUAUAGCAAGGACCAGGUGAUUUGUUUUUAAGGAACAUGAAUGGGCAAAUGCCUGCAGUGGGAAGGGAAGUUCUGCAUCACAGAGCUGGCCCCACUGACAUGUGGAAGCAGCCCUCAUCUAUUCGGCAUGCAGGGGCCAAGAGCAGCAUUCCCCUUGGUGCAGGAUUCUCAGUGCUGGUGCAGUCUCCGAACUGAGGACCAGCCAGCCUCCUGCCUUGCCCCUAAAGGCUCUUGUUUGCCUUACUGAUGAUCAUUGUCAUUGCUUCUCCUCUGAAAUAUUUUACAGUUCUGACCCUGAAUAAUUUUUUUUUCUCUAAAAAUUUAAUUAUGGGGUCAGCAAGAGAGCUCAGCAGGUACAGGCAAUUGUUGAUUCUCUUAAUCCACUCCUACAAAUAACCUCUGAUCACCAUAUUCAAUUGGUGGCAUGUACAUACCCACAUACAUAAUAGAUGUAAAACUUGAAAUGUAGUUACAUAAUUCUCCUUGGACUAGACAGGUCAGACAGGGUUUCUCUGUUAUAGCUCUGGCUGUUGUGGAACUGUAUCUGUAGACUAGGCUAACCUUGAAUUCAGAGAUCCACCUGCCUCUGCUUCCUGAGUGCUGGGAUCAAAGGCCUGCACCACCACUGUCCAGCGAUAGUAAUUUUUUUUUUUUUUUUAUUGUCACAGUGCUGUUUGUUUAUAAAGAACUUAUUUCAGAGGAUCUUCAUCUCUGGACUCCCUCAGUCUCUAGAAGGAGGAUAUUAAAAUUAAGUCAUCUUGUUCUAAAUAAAUUUUGUUUGAUAAACCUGUGUGUUGGGUGUGGCACACAGGCAGCAGAGGGGUAGUGACAGUCAAGAAACCAUUGAGCCUGAGUGUGGUGGCAGCUUCACUUCCCAGCCUCCCAUCCCCUGCCAUUGAUCCCUGAAUUUCUUAGAAGGCAGUUCAUUGCCUGCAUGUUAGGAAGAUUCUCCAGCUCCACGCUGACUCUAAGCACCCUGGGAGCACUCAGCAGCCCUCUUUAUUUGCACCCGUAGUAACACUCUGCAAGCGUAGAUUGGGGGUGGGGUAGUACAUGCUUUCUCCUUCACUUUAUCUUCCCUCUGAAGAUCCAACCUGGAUGCUGUGAGACUUCCCUCUC